GCCGAUCACCAGACGAUCUGAAGAGGUUAUGCUCUAAUUAAGCCAUUCGCUCAUGUUUCCAUCUUCGAAAUUACUUCUUCCAAGAAUUGCCUAAGGCGAGUCUUUCCCGCGAACGUAAUCCGUCUUGCGAGCAACAUCGCCCUUCUGAACGACCUGGGCCUACCGCGGCCGAACUGCUACCCACUUGAAGCAUCCACUAUGACGACCGACGACUCGAAUUCCACAUCAUGGGGGGAGGAUUUGAAGACGGACGGCACUCCUUCGUACAAGUGGCCUCAGACCCGUCUUCCGGGCUGGGCUUACCUCCUGGGAGCCACUGAUGAUGUGGUCCGAAGGUCGACAGUGCGUCAAGUCGCAGCCCAUGCGCAAAAGAUGGGCCGGCCUCCCACGCAGGCCGAAGUCGACGCCAUCGGCGAAAUCGUUACCAAGUUAAUUGCGGCCAGAUCCCUGAAGCCUAUUUGCAACAUCUCCCUGGCCGCCUUUCUCGCCUACCGAACCCGUAAGGUCAUGGGAUUCCCUUUUUGGAAGCCCAAGUUUGUCCUCACAAGCCCCAACGUCUUCCCGACACUACAAAAUCCAGUCUUUACCGGCACGCGCGCCAAAAGGGCAUGGCAUAUCGCCCGGUUUUCUGCCUACUACGUCGUUGCUCACUUCUUCGUCGUGACCGGGCUCAGCAUGUACACCCAGGCAAUGCUGAUGCAGAAAUUUGCGGGAGACCCUCGCUUGAAAGAGACGUUCGAAGAAUUGAAGGGUCUACAGGAGAUAGAUUCGGUGAUCCGGAUGCGACAACGACGCGUCAGGCAGCUGCUUGCGCGAGGGACGAAGGAGCAGCUCGCCGCAGAGCUGCAGGGCCUCAAGUCCGGUCUGGAAGCGGUGGAGCGGGACGUCGACAACCCCAGCAGCCCCUUGCAUACUUACAGUCCCGAGAAACGAGAAGUAGUUCUUCGCAAAUUACGGCAGGCCUACCAUGAACUGAUAUCCAAGGUGGAGGAACGCACAGGCGGCGCGCAUGAUCGUUUCACAUCAGGCAACGCUGACGCCCAUGACGAAGCUGGGAAAUUGGGUGGCUCAAGUGGCCCGUUAUCAUCGAGUAGGGGUGAUUGGGCGACGGGGACCACCAGGGCCGGGUCAACCACUUCCUCUCAACAGCCUGGAGGACAGGGCUGGGCCUCAGGGUCGAAGGGAACUGAGGCAUGGGGAGAUGACACGGGGUCAAGUUUGGGUUUGGACAGCUUCGGUUCGGUUGACGGCGAUGACGCCUCACCCGUGGCCCCUAGCGCGCGAGGGGCCUCCGCUUCGGGUGGGUCGGCUUGGGAACGGAUCCGCCACCAAGCACGAUCAGGGGUGCAGGCGAAAGGCAACCCACCCACGUCAUCAACAGACUCUUCGAGUUCUCGGGGCAUUCAGACUUCUUCGUCGUCGUGGGACGGCUCCCCAGCCGAGCAGGAUGAGGAAGCUGCCAAAAGCAAAGCCCAGAAGGAGUUUGACGAGGGUUUGGAGCGAGAAAGACGUCCUGGCAGAGACAACGACUCGUGGUAAAGUUGGUGGAUUGGAUCCGUUGGGAUGUCGGUGGACGAUAUAUCUUACACAGAGAGCAUGCGUAGGCUGCUUCCAACUGGCCAAGCUGUAUGAUAUUGGCCAAUGUACAAAACAAUGGGGUACUGCCUGUGUUAGGAUUCGCACUCCCUUGGCGUGAUGAGGUCUCGCUCACUGCCUGGAACUGAGAUCCGUAGAUCCAACAGUUCGACCGCUCGAAUCAGCUGCUUUGCCCAGCCUUCAAAGACACGUUUACCUUUUCUGGCAGUUAUUAUCCCGUUUAUACCUUGCCCUGUUACCCGCUUAAUCCCACGAUGGAAUCAAAGAAUAGUAGAGUUCCCCUAUCGAGGUACGCCGACAAGAACAGAACAGAC